UGCGCUAGAUGCACCUGUCCGCCUGGCGAGCUGCAGUGCCAUCUUAUCGGCAACAAGUGCGACUGCGUCAACGGGAACUACUACCUGACCGGUUCCGACAAAUGCGUCGAAAAUGAAGGCGACUGUAUUUCCGACAAGCCCACGAGAACUUGCGCUAACUGCAGCUGUCCUUACGGCGAGAGGAAGUGCAAUUACUACGGCAACAGGUGCGAAUGCAUCGACGGGAAAUACUACAUGCCUGACUCCAACGAAUGCGCCGAAACUGAGUACGAGUGUCUUAACAACGACCUCACGAGAACUUGUGCUAACUGCAGCUGUCCUUACGGCGAGAGGAAGUGCAAUUACUACGGCAACAGGUGCGAAUGCAUCGACGGGAAAUACUACAUGCCUGGCUCCAACGAAUGCGCCGAAACUGAGUACGAGUGUCUUGACAACGUCCUCACGAGAACUUGCGCUAAAUGCAGCUGUCCGCCAGGCGAGAGGAAGUGCUAUGGCCCCGGGAACAAGUGCGAAUGCAUCAAUGGGAAAUACUACAUGCCUGGCUCCGACGAAUGCGUCGAAACUGAAUACGAGUGUCUUACCGACGUCCCCACGAGCCCCUGCGCUGAAUGCGUAUGUACGUCCGGCUCUAGAAAGUGCCACUGGCCCGGCAACAAAUGCGACUGCAUCAAUGGGAUGUACUACUUGCCUGGUGCCGACCAGUGCGUCCGAAAUGAGGAUGACUGCAUGUUCUCCAACCCUAUCAGCAAUGGCUGCGCCAGGUGCAGAUGUUCACCCGGUGCUAGAACGUGCAUCUGGCCUGGAAACAACUGCGAGUGCAUCAAUGGGACGUACUACUUGCCUGGUUCAAGCCAUUGCGUGGAAGAUCCAGAGGACUGUCCAUUCAGCAGCCCCAUAAGAAGAGCAGAGGUCGAUAACAGCGAAACAGCCGUGAUUUUCGUAGAAAAUGACCACCGAUAACUAUGGCGGACCUUGCAGCACGCACAGCGACAAACAAUUCGCCAACGCAGAACAACGUAAAACCUGAUUUCUCGCGAAUAAA